CAGAAACAUUUUCUAUUUUUAGGGUGAAUGGAAUGUACACAGAGCCUCAUGGAGGGAAAGCUUGACAACAAACAACAGAGCAUGAUCCGUCCUAUAAACCUCCAUCCGCUACUGUUUCAUUAAGAGACCCCAGAAAACUCAAGUGAUAGAUUUGGCUACUCCUGGAUAAGCUUUAGUUAUACUAAAGCAGAAUCGAAAAAAACCCACAGGAUGUGUUACACACUUGCUAAAACCAGCUUAGAUGAUGCAUUAACGGAGGUCCUACACUAUAAGGACAAAGAGCUGUUGUCCAGCCUCCUUAUGCAGCUGAACAUCUUGAGAAAGGAGCAUAUCCUCACAGAUGUUGUCCUUGUUUGUGAUGGCAAUGAGAUCCCCUGCCACCGUAAUGUCCUGGUGUCCAGCAGUCCCUACUUUCAUGCUAUGUUCUGCAGCAACUUUCGUGAAAGACAGCAAGCCCGGGUGGAUAUUCAGGGAGUUCCCUAUAAUGUCCUGGACACCAUUGUGGACUAUGUUUACACAGGAGCCAUUAGUAUUAAAAUGGAAUCAGUCGUCCCUCUGAUACAAGCUGCAGCAAUGCUACAUUAUGAGCGAUUAUUUGAAGCCUGCUCUUCCUUCUUGCAGGCCCAGCUCAGGCCAAAUAAUUGUCUGAGCAUGAUCCGUCUUUCAGAGAUUCUGCACUGCACCAGUUUGCAGCAUAAAGCUCGAGAAAUGGCUGUGACAAGCUUCUCUGAUGUCGUGGCGAGUGAGGAUUUUUGUGAUCUUUCCCUAAAAGAGUUGGUGGCAUACUUAGAAGAUGACCAACUGUGUGCUGAAGAGGAGAGGGUGUUUGAAAUUCUCCUCGCUUGGAUCCAUCAUGACCCUUUUGCUCGUCAAGGGGCUAUCCAUGACCUUUUCCAAAAGGUGAGGCUACGGCAUAUCCAUCCCUCCUACCUCUUCCAGUUCAUUGCCAGUGACCCAUUAGUGCAGUCCUCCUCCCUUUGUACUGAGAUCAUUGAAUCAGUCAGACAUCUCCUCUUUUCUGUUGGGUCCCAUUGUCCAGGUGAACUGCAACCACUUUGGACUGCUCCGCGGCGACGUGCUUGUAAAGAAGCCCUAGUGGUUGUUGGUGGUCGUAAAAACAACGAGUGCACAUCUCGUGAUGCAUUGCUGUUUGAUGAGCAGACAGAGUGCUGGCAAUGGCUGGCUAAGUUACCCGUAAGACUGUACCGUGCCUCCUACGUCUGCAUGCAUAGUAUCCUCUAUGUUCUGGGAGGUCUCACCAUGACUGCGGGAGGAGCUGGUGUACCUACUGCCACAGUUUACACGCUCUCCAUAAAAAUGAAUCAGUGGAGGGUUGCAGAGCCCAUGCUGGUGCCAAGAUUUGGCCACCAGAGCAUCUCCUAUCUGCAGUUCAUCUUUGUUUUAGGUGGCAUUACAAGUGACAGACAGAUCUCCAAUGGGCUGGAGAGAUACAAUACCAUGUUCAACUUAUGGGAGUCCAUGGCUCCAAUGCCAGAAGCAGUUCAGCACCCUGCUGUAGCAGCAUACGACCAGAGAAUCUAUGUAUUUGGUGGGGAAGAUGCUAUGCAGAAUCCAGUUAGAAUGAUUCAGGUGUACCACAUUGGAAGAAAUCAUUGGUGUAAAAUGGAAAACAGAAUGGUGAAGAAUGUUUGUGCUCCUGCUUCAGUUAUUGAUGGGAAAAUCUACAUUAUCGGAGGCUAUAUGAGACGAAUGGUGGCAUACGACAUCAAAGCGAACAGAUUUAUUAAAUGUAAGAAUAUGAAAGAGAGAAGGAUGCAUCACUCAGCGACAGCCAUCAACAAUAAGCUCUAUGUCACUGGGGGCCGAUACAUUAACAGCCAUGAUGAUGUCCAGGAUUCAGACAGCUUUGACUGCUAUGACCCAGAGACAGAUGCAUGGACAUCAAAAGGCACUUUGCCUUUUAAACUAUUCGACCAUGGCUCAGUUCCAAUGGUGUGUCUCUCACACAAGCCCUUUCCCACAUUAAUAUGAUUAUAAUGCUGCUCAGUAUUUAGCUCAGUGUACAGAUAUUGUUGGUCAUUGAAAGCUUUGUCUAUAAAUAAACCGCUUUCAAUGACUAAGACACAUACAGGAAUCUGCAUGGUCUAUUUUUUUUUAUUAUUUACAGGAUCAUCUAUGGUGAAUAAAACAGUUGUUCUAGUUAUGUAGAACUCGAUUGUAUGAUAUUGUAAAUCUGCAAUAAAAGAGCAGCAUUAUUUAAUUAUUUAAUUAACUCAUUGUAACAUGGGGCAGUAAUUGCUCUUCAGAAAGAUUGUUCACGACUACAUAAUCACCGAGCAAGACAACUCGGCAACUUGUUUUUCCAUUUCUGUACACAAGUUGAUUAGUUUAGCUAGCCAUCCUUUAAUGGCUAUCACUUUGCAGUGAACGCUUUCAUACAUCACAUACCUUUAUACGAAAACAUUCCUACAGUCUCCAUUGUUUCCAUACUGCGUGAUUUAAGUUUUAUUUUUUAGUUCUGAAACCUUGCUGAAAUAUGAUAUGCUUUUCUGUUAUUAUGUUAUUUUUCACAUUUCAUAGACAUUUCAGGGUAAUAUUUUUGGUUUACUAUUUUAAAAUGUAA